AGAAGAAUAAUUUAAAAAGAAACGUAUAUGACAGCUACAUUAGAAAGACGUCAAACAGCAAGCUUAUGGGAACGUUUUUGUUCUUGGAUUACUAGCACAGAAAAUCGUCUCUACAUAGGUUGGUUUGGAGUAUUAAUGAUCCCUACAUUACUAACAGCUACAUCUGUAUUUAUAAUUGGAUUUAUAGCUGCUCCACCAGUUGAUAUAGACGGUAUUAGAGAACCAGUUUCAGGAUCAUUGUUAUAUGGAAAUAAUAUUAUAACUGGUGCUAUUGUACCUACAUCUAAUGCAAUAGGAAUACAUUUCUAUCCUAUUUGGGAAGCAGCAUCUUUAGAUGAAUGGCUAUAUAAUGGCGGUCCUUAUGAAUUAAUAGUUUUGCACUUCUUUAUUGGAAUUUGUGCAUAUAUGGGACGUGAAUGGGAAUUAAGCUAUCGUCUUGGAAUGCGUCCUUGGAUAGCCGUAGCUUUCUCAGCUCCUGUUGCUGCAGCCACAGCUGUAUUUAUUAUCUAUCCUAUUGGACAAGGUAGUUUUUCAGAUGGUAUGCCAUUAGGUAUUUCUGGUACUUUUAAUUUUAUGUUAGUUUUCCAAGCUGAACAUAAUAUUUUAAUGCAUCCGUUUCAUAUGAUGGGUGUUGCUGGUGUAUUUGGAGGUUCAUUAUUUAGUGCAAUGCACGGCUCUCUUGUAACUUCAAGUUUGAUACGUGAAACAACAGAGAAUGAGUCUGCAAACAAUGGUUAUAAAUUUGGCCAAGAAUAUGAAACUUAUAACAUCGUUGCUGCUCAUGGUUAUUUUGGAAGAUUAAUUUUCCAAUAUGCAAGCUUUAAUAAUUCACGCUCAUUACAUUUCUUCUUAGCUUUAUGGCCAGUAGUAUGUAUUUGGCUCACAUCUUUAGGUAUCAGCACAAUGGCAUUUAACUUAAAUGGAUUUAAUUUUAAUCAAUCUGUUGUUGAUUCUCAAGGAAGAGUAAUUAAUACUUGGGCUGAUAUUUUAAAUCGUGCAAAUUUAGGAAUAGAAGUAAUGCAUGAACGUAAUGCACAUAACUUUCCUCUAGAUUUAGCAAGUGAAGUAUCUUUACCAGUUGCUUUAGAUAAAGUAGAAAUAAAUGGUUAAAAAAAAAACUAAACUCUUAAGAGUUUAGUUUUUUUUUUUUUUAAUAUUCUUUUAUAAUUUGUAAAUUAUAAACAUUAAUUGUUAUAA